AUGGCGUUUGCCUUUGGAAACCAGUCCGGCGCGGCUGGCGGAGCUACAGAGGGUCCUGCUCUCGAAGUUAUCCAGACAGAGGGCCUCGGUUUCCUUGCCAUCAAUGGCGAGGCCAAAGUCCAACUGACUUCGAAAUGGAAUCCUGCUCCCUCUCCGACGGCAUCCCUCCUCAGCAUUGCUCCUCACAAGGGCCUCGUAGCAGCAGCUGGUCCUGAUGCCUUCAUAAUCUCCACUACCGAAUCCGUACGAAAGGGCUUCGAGGCCGAACAGCCAGCCGAGGGCGACAUCCGACCCUUCACGCCCCAGGCCACCAUCUCUAUGCCUCUCCGCAUCUCACAGCUUGCCUUUACUGCCAAUGAGAAAUACCUUGUCUUGUCCGCCGAGGAGGGUGGCGGUCUGGCAGUCUACGAUGUCGAUGCCCUUAGCAACGGCACCACACAAUCCGCCUUUGAGAUAACCACCAACGGCGAAGCCCUUCGUUCUCUGAUACCCAAUCCGGCCCCCGAAUUCGCCCACUUCUGUGCAGUUAUCACCACCAAUGGCAACCUAUACAUGGCCAACUUGAAUGAGCGUCAACUUGUUUCGGGAGCCAACGGCCCAACGUUACGGCCCCAGGUUAGCUGUGCAUCAUGGAGCACCCGAGGAAAGCAGCUGGUGGCCGGCAUGGCGGACGGUUCCAUCAUUCAAAUGACUCCGGACGGUGCUGAGAAGGCGCAUAUUCCCAAGCCCCCUAGUCUGGGAGACUACCAUGUGUCUUCGCUGGCGUGGCUCGAGAACCACCUGUUCCUGGCAAUUCACAACCCUACAAGCGGCCAGGAUCCGUCUGUAUACCAUAUUAUCACACGCCACCAGCAGCCUAACGCGCAAGCCACCUUUACCUACAACAAGAUGACAGACCCCGUCGAGCCAUUUGGGGCGGAAAAGCCUCCUCACCAUACAGUAUUGCGGUUGAAAGACUUCCCUCCGAACAUUACCGAUCUUCUUCUGGUGUCCUCAACUGCUACUGACAGCACUGGCCUCCUCACCCGCUCAAAGACUCCUUUGGCUGGCGACAAACCGGUCGUGAAUGCCUUUACCACAACGGAAUUCGCCGAUGACACUAAGCGCGCCCUUCUCCCUAUGAGUGAGGAUAUGACGGAAACCUUCCCCGUUGGUACUGCCCUGGACUUGUCUUCCAAAGACAAGGUAUAUAAGCCCAUCCCCACGGACGAAAUUAACGAGUCCCCCGGCCCCCUGCCCGGCCUUUGGGUACUAAAUAACGACGGUGUCCUCUCGGCUUGGUGGGUGGUCUAUAACGAAUCUAUCCGUAGCGGCGUGACGUACCCUGGUCUUGCUGUCAUGGAUAGCAACAAGCCUGCGCAGGCUGCUCAACAAGCGCAACCUCAAUCUGCAUUUGGCACGUCUACUACGGCUGCGCCGGCGUUUGGCUCCUCGGCGUUCGGUGCUGCCCCAUCUCUCGGGGCAAAGACAUCUCCCUGGGGCGGCGGUGGUGCAGUGGCCCCGGCAUUCGGCUCCAGCAGCUUUGGAAGUGCUCCGGCUGCUGCUGCUCCCGCUUUCGGCGCCCCGAGUGCGAUUGGAGGCCCAACGGCGGCUCCUGCUUUUGGCCAGUCGUCCAUGAUUGGCAUGGGUGUCAAGGCGUCUCCAUGGGCCGCUGGUGCUGCUGGCACCGGAUCCGCGGGAGCUUCAGGUAAGGUCUUUGGCAGCGGUGCUGCUGCCUCAUCAUCCGGUGGGUUUGCCAGUUUUGCGAAUAAGCCUACUCCCUUUACUAGUUUUGCGGGGAAGUCGGAAGGCACCCCAUUCGCCGCGCUCGCCGGUAACAAUUCCGGCGGUAGCAUCUUCGGGUCAAAGCCCGCUGAAUCCAAGACCAUUGAGGUCUCUAUGGAUACCGAGACGGCUUUCCCUCCUCCUGCUGCUAAACCCGCGGGAGGCUCUCCCUUUGGAUCAUCUCCCUUUGUGCUUGGAACUACUUUCAAGGCUGACCCCAAGACUGCCAACGACAACGAGGAUACUUCGGAGAAGAAGGGUGGCUCUAUGUUUGGCAGUGGAUUCGGUCUGUCACUGAACGAGCCUGCCGCUUCGGAAACCAAGGAUGAGGCCAUGGAGAGCGCGGCCCCUACGCCGGUUACCGAGAAGCCCAAGUCGAUCUUCAACGUAGAGUCCACAACACCCGCCGGUACCCCUGCGUCCAACAACAUCUUUGGUACUCCCAAGCCCGCUGGCAGCGGUCUGUCCAAUGUGUUUGGAGCGCCCAAGACUGAGGAGUCCAAGCCCAAGCCAAUUACCGAUCUGUUUGGAAAGCCGAAGACUGAGGAUGGUGCGGCCAAGCCUAAUCCGUUUGCUGCGCCUCUUAAGUCUGAGGCAAAGCCCAACCCGUUCGCUACGCCCCUCAAGUCGGAGACGGAGCCGAAAUCGUUCGCGGAUGUUCUUAAGGCGGCCAAAUCCCCCGAGAUCAAGGACGAAGACGCAGAAGACAAGGAGAACCUCGCCAAUAUCCCGGAGGCACCCCUACCCCCCGAGACUACUAGUAAGACGGACUUCCUUCCAGGUGAAUCAUCGGCAUCUUCAAUAGCUGACCCACUAGAAACAGCUCCCAAGGUUAAGAGCGACGAUGCUCCUCUGCCGCCGGAUUUCUUGUCAAGCAAGCCUAAGCCUGCUGAUAGGAAGGCAGAGGAUGCACCGCUGCCUCCCGAUUUCACGAGCAAGACCCAGGAUCUUCCCAAGUUGCCUCAUGUUCCUUGGAGCCCGAACAAGGAGGAGGAGGAGGAGGAGGAGAGCGAUCUGGAGGAGGGUGAAGUUGAGGAUGAGGAAGGAGAGGAGCACGAUGAGAACUCGGACGAUUAUGAGGAUGAGGAAGAGGGGGAUGAGGAGGAGCAUGGUAGUGAGGAAGACGAGGAACGGAGCGACGAAGACGAAGAGGAGGAACACAGUGAUGAGGAUGAUGAUCGCUCGGAGGCGGCCAGUGAGGGUAGCGGUGUCGAUGUCUCUAAGGAACUCGACCAGACGACGACCUCCGUCCACUUCGAAAACGGCAGCCCACGCUACCAAUCCCGGAACAUCUUUGGCAGCAGCACCAACAACAUGGGUGCGAGCACAUUCUCUACGAUAUCUCACUCCGAGGCAAAGCCACAGAGCCGUCCCCUCUUUGGCGAGGCCAACAAGAACGCGCCCCCCUUGUUCUCCAAGCCCUCAGGACCUUUCAACUCUCCCAGCCCCGUUCGCAGCACACAACCCGCCCAGCCCAGCCUUCUCAGGCCACAAGAGGGACCCCGGACUGCCAGCACCCCCGUCCUCAACAAGAGCCAGCUCCUCGGCGCCAGCACUACCCCCAAGGGCCCUCCACCAGUCGACCCCAACGUGGCUGCCCAGCGCAAGUUCGCCGCCAAGAAGGAGGCCGAAGCUCAAGCGCUCGUCGACCCCGAAGACGAAGGUAUCCAACAACUGCUUGCCGCCGAUGUCGAGCCUACCCUCGCUAUGAACGAGUUCCUCGUCGUCGACUCCAAGCUUGAGACCCAUCGCUCCCCCUCAUCCAAACCCUCCUCCGAAGUUCCCGCCGCAGUCGAGACGCUAUGGCGGGAUAUCAACCGCAUGGCCGACCGUCUCGGUCUCAACUCGCGCUCUUUGGCGUCAUUUAUUCAUGGUCAUACCCAGUUCGCCAAGAAAGGUGGCCGCACAAAGGAAGACCUCGAAACCCCCGAGGACUGGGUACUCCUGGAAGCUUCAGAGCUUACUAGGCUCAUCGACGGCCAGUUGACUCAGGAGUUGGAAGAGGGUCGUAUCAAGGAUGUUGCGGAAACACAAGGGACGCUGGAUAAGAUAUCUCGGGAGCUGAGGACCAUGCGUGCCAAGGAAGAGGAUAUGCGCAAGCUCUUCGCUACCCAGACGGACCCUGAGCAAAUCGCCACUAUCAAGGCGCAGCCGCUCAGCAGGGAGCAGAGCGUGCAGCAGGCCGAGCUUCGCAGGGCAUACGCUCAGUUCACGAAGCAAUUAGCAGAAGCCGAGGCGGCGUUGGUUCUACUAAGGACCAAGAUCGCCGCUAGGGCUGCCGAAAAGGGAGCUGUCUCUGCCGCUGGCGGAACCGCAAGGGUACCGACAGUCGAAGCCGUCAUGCGAACCAUUCAAAAGAUGACGACCAUGGCUGAGAAGAGGAGCGGCGAUGUGGAUCUACUAGAGGCGCAGAUCCAAAGACUUAAACUGUCUUCCCAAUCCCGCGAGACGUCGGAGGGUAGAGAGGGCACACCCACACUUAACCCACUCAAGGCUAGCACUGCCAGCCUGAGAAGCUCCAUGACGUUUACCCCAAGAGACUCAAUCAGGAGUAUUAGGAGCGAGUCCUCACAGUCUCUCUUUUCUGCAUCGGUCAGGAGCACCACGCCGGGAACUAGUGCCGCCCCUAGCCCCAGUCCGAGGAAGAAGGUGAGCAUGUUUACCGAGGAAGAGAGGAAGGAGAUUAGGGCGAGGGAAACGAGGAGGAAGGGCAAGCUCGCGCUGUUGAGGAAGGCGUUGGAGAAGCAAGGGCCGAGGGUGGAGAGGUUGGGUGAUGAUGAUUGA